UUUCUCAGCCCUUUCCUUUGUAGAUAUUUCAUGAGUAACAAUACCAAGUGUAUGACCAGAGUUUUGAUGAUUUGGGAUGGUACUAACAGAGUUACUUUAUGGGCAUAUGCACAUUAAAGACGACUAGCACACAUUCCGCCCGAUGCCACCGCUAUGGCAUCGAUCGUGAAGGAGGGGAGGUAUCCCACAAGCCCGCUCGACUUCGCAUCACUGCCCAACUCCCCUUUAUCGACACUUUCUGCAAGUUCUAAUGAAGCAAUUUACGACGGUAUAAUCACACACAAGCAAAGUCACUACUACUCGAGAAACCCACCAACCGCUCACCCUGUUGACGAAAUGAGUUUGAGAACAUACCGCCUUAAUAAAUUCCUUGUUGAGCCUGACAGUGCUUGCUUUGUGCCAGAAACAACUCGAACCGAAUAGCUUAGUUGCUAUUUCAUCCCAGCAUCAGUCAAUCAUGUUCGAGGGAUAAGGGUCAAGAAGGCCGGCCUAUUAAAUAGUUUAGCAAGAUGGGAUGUGGUCUAGAGAGAUGUCCCCG